ACUAUUAGAAGCAGUGUUUUUGGAAGUUUUUUUUCUGAUACACGGUUCCUAUUUUACGACAGAUAUCAGCUAGUGGCUCAUCAGCAGAGCACCAGUAUAUUUUUCCAUCAUUUCUUGUGAGCCGCUUAGAAAGUUCACUGUAAUUAAGAAUUAUUUUAUAUGGGGGAGGGAAGUAAAUGUUGAAAAGCUUAGAAAACAUAAUGUAAACAACAGCUACAAUUUUAACUACUUUUUGGGCUGAGUUUGGAACCAAAGUCUGAUUAAAAUAGAACUGGGAUUAAAAGGGGUCAAUUUGUUUUUUUUAAAUCUCCUGCCUUGGGAAGAUUCGCUGCUGGAGGGCUCUGAGAGCAGAAAUUAUAGGACGGCCCAACCUAUUUCCCAAUACCACGAGUGAAAAUAUCUUAAGUUCUUGAAAUCCUAGAGGGUGAAACUCCCUGUGCAAGUUUCGAAGUGUCUUCUGAAAGACCACUGACUGCAAACACUUAAGAAUAAAACCCGAAUUCCAAACACAAGACUAAAGCCAAAACAGUUUGCAGGAGGGAGGCGAUCUUGCUGUGGUCUGAGUACAUUCACAAGGAACAGGUCGUCAAUAUCAUCCUGUUUCGAUACGAUAAACUGUGCUGUCCUUGUUUCAGUCAGAUUCACACUGUUAUUUUCAAAACAAAUCCAGAUGCAAAGCUCCAUUAGAGGGCAGCAUCAAAACCCCAAUACCUGCAGAUUUAUUGGUGAGAGGAUGCGGCAGUUAAUUAUCGUCAACCGUGUUGGAGCUGAAUGUUUUUAAAUAAGCAAAAAACUGAGAGAGCUUUAUUUUUGUGUACCUUCCAAUGAAAUGACGUGGAGCUGCACGGGGAAAACGGUACUCCUUCGACUUUCAACGGCUGGUGCACUUAAGAGAGAAAAGAAAAAGACCCCGAGCUGUAGGGAUUGCGAAUGUGACUGGAAUGGAAAUCGAAAACCAAAGAAGCCUAUCCACGGAUGGAAAAGAAGCUUUUGAAAGACAGAUUAAGAUUUUAGAAAACCAAAAAAAGGAGCUCUUGAAGAUAAAUAAACAAUGGGACCAGGAGUUCAGGAACAUGAAGGCAGUGUAUGAGCAGAAGCUGAAAGAAAAGUUCACCACUUACCAACACUCCCUGAGUGACCUAGAGAAGGAGCUGGAUGAGAAGCAGAGGGAUUUUGAUAAGAAGUUGCUGCUUGCCAAAGCAAAACUUGAAACAGCAGAAGAACAAAAGCAGUCACUAAAUGCAAAAUUGCUUGAGGCUGAAGAAGAAAAUAAACAUUUGAAAGAAUGCCACUCCUCAAUAACCAAACAAAAAGGAUAUUAUGAACAUGAAAUUGCUCGUCUCAAUAAGGCUCUGUCUGAUGCUUUAAGAAAGCAGAAUGUUCCUUGCAUGUCUCACGGUUUUGAUAAUGCAGAAAUAAUGAGAAAGUCUCAUCCUGAAGAACUGACAACACAAAUUGAGAUCCUAAAGCAACAGGUGCAGAUAUUUGAAGAAGACUUUCAGAAAGAACGGUGUGACCGGGAAAGAAUGAAUGAAGAGAAAGAAGAAUUGAAGAAAAACAUUGAGCACCUACAAUCAAAACUUACUCUUCUUAACACACGGCUUAAGACUUAUGAGGAAGACUUUAUCAAGGAAAGGAAAGAAAAGGACUUACUGGGAAAAAAGCUGAAAAAACAGGCUACAGGCAUUCCGCAGUCACCUGCAACCCCUUACCCACCUCUGGCGUAUGCACCUUGUGCACCAUACAUUAACUAUGGACAUCCCUAUGGAAUCCCUGUCCACUAUCCAGGCCCUGCAUUCAUGAUGCCUCAGACAGAGAGUAGAGGUUAUCAGCAGCAUCCCAUGCCAGAGUGUCCCUGGUAUCUUCCAUACUCCGAGCUUUCACCAGAUCAACAAAAUGUUCAAAAAUGCAGGCCGAAAGAUAUUACCUCAGCAAAAAGAAAUGCAAAAUAGACACCAUGGAAUAAAAAUGAUUUGUUAUGAAUAUUUAUCAAUGCCUUCAAACAACACUAGGCCUUUGCUGACUACUGUCCUGUUGCAGUUGCUGCUGUUUAAUAUAUUUUUGAAGUAUGCUCUUUGUUUCCAUUUCUAAACAAACCAUAAUGAUAUGUUAAAUAUGAAACAAAAGCUUGCCUUUUCAGCUGUAGUCAGGGAUGAUAUGAUUUUCAUUUGCAUGACUUAUUUAAUGUAGUAAACCAUCCCAAAGUUUCCAUAGGGGUGUCACCAAACUUCAGUAUUCCACCACAAAGGAGAAUAUCUGGUGGUAGGUCUGCCUUAUGGGCAGAGAUUGAACAGUUUAGGCCUAUACUCCCUCGAGUUUAUGAGAGGAGAUCGAAUGAAGUAUGUAAGAUGCUCGGGGGUAUUGACAAAGUAGAUGUAGAAAGGACAUUUCUUCAUGUAGGGUAAUUUAAAAUAGAUGAAAAACUGCUUCCCCAAGUCUAUAGAAUUUGCUAUCCCAGACUAUGGUGGAUGUUGGGACAUUGAGUAAAUGUAAGGAGGUGAUAGCUUUUUGAUUAGUAUUACUUUGAAGGGUUAGGGAGAAUGGGAAGGAAAGUGGAGUCGAGGCCGAGAUGAGAUCAGCCAUGAUCGUGUCAAAUGGUUGAGCAAGCUCGAAGGGCUGAAUUAUCUACUCCACCUACUACUUAUGUUCUUCAAAAUUGGAACACUUGAUGUCAUGGAAGAUAUAAUCUCAUUUUUAGAAUUUGGUUUUUUUUUUAAAAGGCAGAUGGAUUUUAAUUAAAUCUGUGAAGUGUUUUGGUCACAAAAGUGAUCAAAGUCAAUUUGGGACAGUGAGCUAAAUAAAUCAUUUCUAAGACAACAUUAUAAAUUCAGCUAACUGCCUAACGAACUCCCUAAGGCAUUAAUGGGGGAAACAUGUUUUAUACUGUUAGGUUUACGGGGGGGUAGAAUAAACACAUUAAGGCAACUAGUUUAGUUUUAACUUCAGAGCAGAAGAUUCAAAGUUUGUUCAGAAUGUAGAAAAUUUAAGUUCUCAGAAUUGUGGAAGUUUCAUACUAUGACAUCAAGAAAGCUAUCCUAAAAUGGUCUGUACAUUUAAAAUAAAAACUGGACAGAUAAAAGAUCAAGUAAAAGUUUAACAGCUGGAUUAGGAGCAAUAUUUCUUUGGGAUUGAGUCAUUGUGACAGGUGGUGUUGGGAAACCAGUUGAAAAUUUGAUGUUUGUGUUAAGGUCUUCCUUACUGUAUUAUAUAUGUAUAGCUUUGUUUUGCUUUUCUUUUAUGUA